CGGCCGUUGGUUCGGCGAAUGCGUUGACAGAACGUAUGCCGUAGUGUAAACACACAUUGGAUAUCGGAGCCGGCUUAUUGGAAUCAGAGUCAUGUUUCUACUACGGACGGUACAUUCUACUCGAUGUGUUUCUAAACCGGUUCCCAUUCGGGAAUCGUCGUCUGCGAAGGAAUCAAAAGGAUCGGAUCUCUCGGACGUGGCAAGAAUCGACGAAAUCCUGGACCAUCCGAUCGAUCUGUUCAGAAUCUGGCACGACGAAGCACGGAAAUACAACCCAAAGAUGCCGGACGCCUGUUGCUUGGCGACUGUUUCAAAAGACUGUAAGGUGUCAGCGAGGAACGUUGUUCUUCGAGAGUUCGAUAAUGAUGGCUUCGUGAUCGUAACGGAUCGUCGCAGUAAAAAAGUCGACAAUAUAGAAAAUGUUCCUCAAGUCGCCAUGUGUUAUCUGUGGCUUUACGUGAACGAAGAAGAACAGAAUAUCUCGAAACAGGUCAGAGUGGAAGGGACCAUGAAAAGGUUGAAGAAGGAAGAAUUUCAGCAUCUGUACGACAGGGAACCAUUGUAUUGCAAAAUUCGAUCUCACUUAUGCAAUCAAGGACAAGAAGUAAAUUGGGAGGAACUAAAGCAACGACACGACGAAAUAGUAGAUUCAGUUCGUAGAAACGAAAAUAAUUUACCAAUACCGGAUCAUUUCAUUGGCUAUAAAUUACUCCCGACGAUGAUGGAGUUUUAUUUCGCAAGGGAUCACCUUAUAGCCGAUCGAAUAAUCUACCGGAAAGGAGACUCGAACGAUUUGUGGGAAUAUCAUCGAAUAGCUGCAUAAUGUAUAAUAUCGAUUACGGAGAUUAUCGAUUGUCAUAUUUCUUCCACGAAUUUUAUUCGCUGAGUAGCUAGAAAAUUUAAAAACAAUUGAAUAUAUAUUCUG